UUUUUUCUCGUUAAUGUUGAACUUUAAUGCUUUGUCCCCCCUUUCGCUUUAUUUAUGUUUGUAACCCACCCGUUUUCCUGUGAGCACCGCCCCUCCGGCGCUGUGAUUGGCUGAUAGUUGUAACUCGCAGCGGUACGCCAGCAGCGGAGGGGCGGAGCUUAACAGGAAUACGAGUGUAAAAACAAAAAGAAUCCGCCUGAAGGAGAGCAACUUUACUACAGCGCAGAUGAUCGCUUUAUAAACACUGAAUUUACAGAUUAAACAGCUUUAAUCCGGAUUUUUCCUGUCCGAGGAGGAGUGUACUCCGCCCUGGGCUUUUUAUAAGGGUUAAUAAUGAUCAGGUUUAAAAGUUUAUCUGCUGUUUUUGGGGCUGAGAGGGAUUUAACUCGGCUCCUUCUGAUUUAAAUCCACUAUUGUUAUUAAACUAAUGAUUCCGGAUCUGCAGCCACGCGGGUAUGGAAAGAAAUGCACUUUCACAUACAGCUUCUCUGCCUCCACUGUAACACACACACAGGUUGUAAUGAUGGUGAGAUGUAAAGGUGGUGUGUGUUGGUGAGCGGCGUGGCAGCGUUGAUGGCUGGAUUUAGGAGUGCUGUGGUGUACUGAAGGAUCAUGGGUAUCUGUAUUAGUUGUCCACAGAAAGAAAACAUCGCAGACAACCAUCACAGCAAAUUUAAGGUGAUUAACGUGGAUGAUGAUGGUAAUGAGUUAGGCUCGGGCGUGAUGGAGCUGACAGGGGCAGAGCUUAUCUUGCACACUCGGAAACGGGAUGCGGUGAAUUGGCCAUACCUCUGCCUCCGUCGCUAUGGGUAUGACUCCAACCUCUUCUCUUUUGAGAGUGGGCGGCGCUGCCAGACCGGACAGGGAAUCUUUGCGUUUAAGUGUGUGAGAGCUGAGGAAAUCUUCAACAUGCUGCAGGAGAUCAUGCACAACAACAGCAUCAGUGUGGUGGAGGAACCUGUACUGGAGCCAGAAUUCCCCAGAAUUCCCCACAGCCAUACCACUCCUCUAUACUCUGUGCCAGUUACAGCCAAUGGGGUCGGCCGUUUCUCUUCUGUCAGCGAUGCCUCCUCACAGCCGUGCAGUAGGUUACCAUCUGUGGAGUCAACGCACCCACUGCUAAUGAAUGACGAAAUGGUCCACACAUACAUUAACACACCCGGUCUGCAGGAGGAGUAUCACUCUCAAAGCAGUGGCCACGCCCCUUUGGAUCUCUUGCUAUCCAAUUCAGAGAGUGUAGGCUCCGCCUCUCUUAAUGAAUCGGAAGUGGUGUGGAUGAUGAUGGAGCCAGAGAGCGUGAAGUUUGUUCUGGCACCAACUCCAGUGCAAAGACAGAUGAUGCUGAAAGAGAAACAGCGUGAACACAAGCAAGAACCUCCAGCACCGGAACAAACUACAGUAACCACCACGCAGUCCAUUGCAUCUGCCAAAGACUGCACAAAUAUGACUCUCGACCCCGACACCGGCUACGAUAGUGAUGAGCGCAAGGAGGCACCACUGGAACUAAAGAACGGCCUGAUCUUCAGACGUCCUCGACCCUCAAACACACUCAGCCCCAUUAGCCCUGCCUCCGACACUUACAAUGGGCAGCAUCGCACUGCAGCACUUCUCAACUACGAGAACCUUCCAGCACUCAUGCCCGUGUGGGAACUUCGCAAGCCUCCUGCUGAAGUAGAAAUGGGGACAGAGCAUAAGAACCCCACUCAGAACAGAUUUGACCUCAGUGAUCCCCAGCACAACUACAUCAACACGGAAAACGCUGAGGUUCCCAGCAGCACGCACAAACUAGGAGAAACAAAUGUUUUCAGCUUUGACCUGCAGAGGGUCCCAGCGGCAGAUACGUUCCAACAGCUGAACUACAUUGAGGUGGAGAUGGACAAAGUGUCUGACUCCAGCGGCCCCCAGACACCAAGCACCCCGCCAACGCCACUUCCCGAAACCCCUACCCACCGGACAGAGUUUUACGCCGUUAUUGACAUCGAGCGCACUGCCGCCAUGUCCAGCCUGCAGAGGGCACAGCCCCGGGAUGACGGGACAGCAAGGAAAACGCGACACAACAGCACUGACCUGCCCGUGUGAGCCAAAACGCAAAACACGCCCACCACCUGCCUGAACAGCACACAGGUACACCUGUACAGGUUUUCAGAGGAACUGUCGCCACCCAUUUACUAAAGGACUAAUUCUGUUGGUUUCCUGAGGUAAACCUGUUAGCUGUGGUUACCCUGAGGAAAAACUGUUAAAUAUUGUCACCCUGAGAUGAACCUUUUAGCUUUGGUUACCCUAAGAUAAACCUGUUAGCUUUAGUUACCUUGAGGUAAAACUGUUUGCUAUGGUUACCCUGAGGCGGGGGUUGGAGGUUGUUACAGUGUUUAUAAAUCCCGUAUAAAGAUGUUGAAAAGGCUGUACCAAAACAGGUUCGGACCAAAAACAUUACACUAUUUAAUUUUUUUUUGAAAACUUCAAAAUAGUUACCAAAACAGGCAACUGUUUUAUUUUAAGUUCAAUCAAAUCUCAAUAUUUAAGCAGCUAUUGAGCCUUAUUUUAUAUUUAAACAACAAAUGUUAGUGUAACAUUCAACACCAAUUAUUUGUGUAUGUAUGUGUGUCUCUGAGUGAAUGCAUGUUUUGCUACCUUUGUGACUACCAGAUGUCCUCACAAGCACUGUCAUAAAUUGUCAGUUUGAAAUGGUCCUCACUUCUUUGAAGGCUUUUUUUUAACAAAAGAUUGUACUUUAAUUAGAAAAUAUAAAAAAGUGAAAUUAUUUAUAUGUGGUCACUGAGGUUUGGGUUAAGCUAAAGUGUAGUAUAAAUCAAAGGGCAUCUCAAAAAUAGCAAAACCAACGUGUGUAUGUAUGCCAUUUUUCAUUUUUUGCCAAGCAAAGCAAAAACAAUCUGUAUUAAAGUAAUGUAUAUAAAUAGAUACUAUAUUGCAAGUACAAAGUAUAAACUAUUCUUACCACCUGGUAUAUCAAAGCAAUCGCCUACUACUACCCUAUUGACAACACGGGAAUCCAUGAGAGGUAGCAUAGUAAAAAUGGUAACAUACAGUCCGUUGAUUGUAUCAAGUAGAUUGUACACAUUGUUUACAGACUUUUUUAAUGUUUAAAAUAAACUUUUGCAGCUGACAGAAUGUUUUAUAUUAACACAUUUAAACACACAAUAAAGAACACGGUGCCUUAUAGACUCUUAUACAGUAUUGUGCAAAUGUUUUAGGCACCUGUGGGAUUUUUUAGCAAAGAAAAAGCUGUAAAGUAAGUGUUUAUUAGCUCAGUAAAACACAAGUAAAACACUAUCAUUAAAUACAAACAACAAUUAAAAAAAAAAGCAGUGCUUUAAUAUAACUGGUUUCCUUAAUCUCCUAAUCUCUCCUCAUCUGAGUUUAAUAGGGUUAUUUCUAGUUCUCAUUAUAUCAACACCUGGUUUGGUAAAUUUGGUAAACAGGUGGGCUGCUGACAGAACUGAACAUAUACACAUGCUGGCUGAUGGCAUCCAGGAGAAAUAUGGAACUACACUUUGUUUUUCAGCUCGGCUCACAGGAUAUAACAUACUUAGUUAAAAUGAGAAAUAUUUGUUACGUUUUACUGUAUUAAUAUUUAUUUGCAUCUGGUCAGAUCAUAUGUGGUCCUUUUUUCAGGUAAAAACACUUGUAUUGCUGAGAUAAAUAGAUCCGUGUAAUUUGCUUUGGUGCCUAAAACUUUUGCACAGUCCUGUAUGUAAAUGAGGGCUAUUCUGAUUGGCUGUUCAGGUUGUCCAGGAUCCAACACUUUGUAUAAUGUUUGUGUGAGUGAGACUGAAUGUGUGAGAUAAAAGAAAAUAUUGUUAAACUUUAUUUAGUUUAAAGACACUCAGACCUUUUUUGAAUGCUCCUAGGAUACCACAGCAACCACCUUCUAGUUAUGCUGUGCAAUUCCCUAAUAGCAGCCUUGGAAUCAUCUGGCAAUCAUUAAUAAACCAAAGAAAAAGAAUAAAACCUUAAGUUAUGAGCAUUCCACUUGUCAACUUAUAUACCACAGCAACCACAUAGAGGUACUAUAUCAACCACAUAGAGGUACUAUAUGAACCAUAUAGAGGUACUACAUCAUGUACCUUACAAACCGACAUAAGCACCACCCUAGGAACUAGAAACCCCAGUACCACAGCAACACCCUAGCAACCUUUCCCAAUAUCACAGGAGCAGCAUAGCAACCAUCUAGUAACCACCUCCAGUAUCCCAGUGAAACCCUAGCAACACCUCCAGUACUGCAGCAACAGCCUGCAACCACCACUAGUACCACAGCAACACCCUAGCAAUUACCACCAGUACCACUGACUCUCUAGCAUAUGAACUGCUUAUAGACACUCUAAAAUAACACAAAAUACCUCAGCAACCACCCAGAGGUACUAAAGUAAACACCAAUAACUAUACAGUAUAUAUAAUGUAUAUGUGUCUGUGUUGGUUUUGUGACAUCAAAAACAAGAUUCAUUCACAAUCAGUAAUUUCCAUAUGUGUACUGUCUGGGCGGGCAAUAAAUGCUUCACUUUUGACCAGAGUUUAUGUAAAACAUCACACUCCGUUUUCAUUUUCAGUUCAUGUUUCAGUUCUCAGUGAUAUCAGACCUUUAAAUCAGUUCCUUGUUGGACUGUGCACUGUCCUGAUAUUCUGUACCGAUACUUACACUUUUUAUAUCAGUUUAAUUGACGUUGGAAGUGUAUUUUAAAGGUGGAAGAUAUUAUGGGAUGUAAACAGAAUGUUUGUAUUUUAUUAAAACAAUAAACCGUGUGUAUUUUCUGA